AUGUCUUCAGUCCACGGCAACAUCAAUCAUGCCAUGCGGCAGAACUAUAAUGAGUUCGGCGUGGAUGAAUACUACCGCAAGGUCGCUACCACGUACCGCAACCCCUUCUUCGCUGGCAUCAAGAAGGUCAUCUUCGCUUUCAUGAACCGAUGGUGGGAGGCCGAGGGGCAUAGUAUCGGCGAGGCAACACUGUGUGUUCUGGAGUGGGAAGCUCUUGCUCGUGGUCAGCAACCAGCGCAGCAGCCGUCCGAGGUAGCGUCGGCCGUAUCGGCCAUAUCGAGCACAUCGAACGUCCGAGCGCCCUUCAUCCCUCCCAACGCCAGACGGGCCGCCCUGACCGUGUCCGGGAAGCCUCUGAUCGGCUCUGAGCUAUCCAAGCUCUCAUCUAAUACACCGGAUAUCCUCAUCUCAGCUACAGAUCCCUACACCGCUCCAGCCUACACCGAACGCACCUCCCGUCCUUGCCAUCCCCUAUCAUUCACUGACCUCAGCUCUGACAAUCUACCGCCUGACCACCCCGCCCCAGACGCCGAUGGGUUCUCAUACGACCUCAUCAUCUGCUCGUUCGCGCUGCAUUUGGUGCCCGAGGAGGAGAUGUUCCCUAUUUGCUACGAGUUGAGCAGGAUAGGGAAAUGGUUGGUCGUGAUUGCGCCACAUAAGAAGCCCGAGAUCAAGGAAGGCUGGGGCUGGGAUCGAUGGGACUUGUUGGGGUGGGAGGAGGCGGGCGGUAGAGUGUACGGAGGCGGUGGCGAGGAUGGCGAUACAGAGACGGAGCUAGAGAUCAUUAGGGAGAAGGUGAAACUACGACUGUACCGCAGUGCCAAUGCAUGA